UUGUAUUCUGGUCGCGGGACAAUGAAUACCCUUGAAUGUCUAUGUCUUACUGACACACCCACUGCUAAUAGACCUUGAAACUGCGCGACCGUCGGGCGUCGUCUUCCCCAUAAUCAUGGAAUCCUCCCCGCUAACCCAACAAUCCAGACCAGACACCUUCCAGCCCAAGAUCGUCAAGCUUUACGAGACCCUAUUCCUUAACGCUGAGGAUGCAGAGCCGUCGGAAGGAUUCUGGAGAGAAUUCUUUCUUCUCCCUCCGCAGAGGGUUCGAUUGAGUCAGAUACUGGACGUUAUCAGUCCUGAUGACAUCUUGCAAAUUCAUUUUCACACUCAACAGCUGUUCUCCAAGGCCAUAAAAGAGGCUGCUGCUGGGGAAUCCCCAUCAAAUAUUUAUGCGCUAGAGACCUUGACAACUUUCUUAGGUGGCGUCUUAACUAAGAAGUACACCAACCCGAGUUCUGAUAUCAUCACCGUCCUUGCUGGCAUUGACGAAGUCGACCAUGUUAUCGCAAACUUUGUCGCGGCCCUGGACGGGAUCAUACGAAACGGAACCAGCUUUGAAAUACGUCUCAAAGCUGUUGAGGCUGCAAUAUCAAUGACUAGCGGAGGCUACAAAACAAGUCUUAUAUCUUAUUUCAUGCAUCGGGAUAUUUUCCCUGCCCUGAUGAAGUUUAUCCAUGAUUCAAACAUCCGCACUCAAAUCUUUGAGCCGUUUGUACUCCUGGGGCUUCUAUCAAACUACAACAAAUUCGAAUUCCAGAACCCUUACCAGCUACGACUUGAUGACUUUGUAAACGAAUCUACGAUUCAGAAAAUUGUCGGUGGAACUGGCGUAACAUGCACUGCAUUGCGCAACGGAUAUGUUGCCGUUCAGGAUGAUCUUCCUGAGGGCUGGAAUUUGAGCUCAACUUUAGCCUUCUUUGGCCUUGGGGCGUUAGCUCCUGGUCGCAGAGCUAAGACACCAUUGACUCCAGAAGAGGCUAAAGCACGAUUUGGAGCUCUGGCAACACUCUAUGCAGAGACCAAUCUGUUCUCACUUUCGCAUACUCGUGGAAGAAGUCCCCUGCAAUGUAAACAGAUCUGUAGCGAGAAGAUGAAGCGCCCUGUACGACUUUGUCGCCAGCGAGCACCGUAUCUCCCUUUGAUACAGGAAGACAGAAUCCUUGCGACUGUUGUCUUCGAUAUCAUGAUUGAUGCUAUCAACCACAACCUCCGCAGGGAACUUGACGUCGACUUGUAUUGUCAUACAAUCUCCAUCCUCCUCCGCCUCCUCACCUACGUCUCCUCAACCCAAACACGCCUUGCAUACCACUGGUCCGAGCUCUGGCGGACCCUACUCACUCUCACCCGUUUCCUAACAACCUACUCCACGAGUCUCACCUCAAACCCUCAAAUCCACAGCCUCGCUACCUCCCUCAUCGACCUAAUCGCCUUCUGCAUAUCCGCUGGCGACACGUUCCUCCCAGACCCAGCGUCGUACGAUGAUCUGUUCUACAAAGUCGUUGAGACAGGACCCAUACUCACCCGCUUUAAGGAUAUUUACGAACGCUCCUUCUCCUCCGCACCAACAAUACCGUCAACGUCCAACAAACCCGCAAACGCACAAGUCAUAACCGCUGCCCCGGCCACCGCUGCUACUGACUCUGCCACGCACUCCAUAGACACCCUCAUCAGUGUCGCCUCGCAUUUCCAUUCCCUCCUCUUUCUCGCAGAUAAAUCCAAGAAUACAACACCAACAGCAGCUUCCACCACCCCAACGCCAGCCGCUGAAAUCCUAGCCAUUGGCAGGAAGAAAAACCUCAGCCCGCGCGAAGUUCACCAGAUCAUCAAGCAAGGGUAUGAGACUCUGAGCAUCCGGUCUCAGGAAGGGCUUAACCUUUGGGCGAAGUGGAGGGAGGCGGAUUGGAAGGUGAAGUUAAAGCGGAUCGCGCGCUGCGCAGUCGAUGAUGCUAGGUUGGUGAUUGUAUCGAAGGCAGAGCGGGUGCCGGUUCUUGUCGAUACGAGCGGAGGAGGAGGAGGAGGGGGAGGAGGUGGUGGUGGUGAUAAGUUAGUGAAGGAGUAA